AUGCAUCGCAUGGAUGAUGAGUUGACGCACGGGCGGAAGGUCUAUGUGGGAAAUUUAGACCCUGAUUCCACAUCUUCGGAGCUGGAGGAGAUAUUCAGGCGCUAUGGGAAGCUCAGCAAUAUUUGGGUGGCGAGGAACCCUCCUGGGUUUGCCUUCGUGACAUUUGAAGACAUGCGGGACGCCCGAGACGCGGUGGAGGCCACAGACGGGAUACUGCAUCGGGAGAAGUACACACCCAACUCACUCAGCCUCCCUCAGCCUCCUGCAGUGCGGUGCUGUCUUCUUAUCUUCCCUGCUCUUCGCGUGGAAAUCGCAAAGGGGCCGGGCGCUAAGGGCCGCCGAAUGAGUCCACCAGGGCGCAGACGACGAGGUUCCCCCGACGGCUUCCGAGGCCGUGACACACGGCGCAGGUGCGUCGCACUGAAUACAGACGACGAGGUUCCCCCGACGGCUUCCGAGGCCGUGACACACGGCGCAGCCCCGGGUACAGCAGCGAGGGGAGCGACUACAACGACUACCGCGGCCGAAGGGGCCGUAGCCGCAGCCGCAGCGUUGACAGACGACGUUCUUACAGUCCGCGUCGGCGGGACUACUCCGACGAGGAGCGAGACACGAGAGGAGGUCGUUUCAGGAGAUAAAAAAAGAGAGGAUGAGGCGAUGUUCAGAUAUCUGAGCGGCAUUAUGAGGCCCAAUGAUGGCACUGCCGUCCGUUCAUCUGUAUUGUGCUGCCUCUGUUAA